UUUGUCUACCUCUCUCUCUCUCAGGCUCUGUACCGUCUGAGCUGCGACAGGCUCAGGUGCAAGUGAUAGCCCAGUCCAUGUGUUCCCACCCAAAUGUCUAUGGCUCCUACCUCACUCCCAGGAUGCUUUGUGCUGGCACCAUGGAGGGAGGAGUGGACUCAUGCCAGGGAGACAGUGGAGGCCCGCUGGUGUGUGAGACAGGGGAGGGGGACUGGAGGCUGGCUGGGAUAGUGAGCUGGGGAGAUGGCUGUGGUCGGCCCAACAAACCAGGAGUCUACACCAGGGUCACCCAGCUGCUCCCCUGGAUGUACAAAUAUGUAGAGAUGGACACAUUUGAAGAAUCUGGAACCCCCAAAACAAUGAAUUAUACCUCUGACAGCUAGAUUUUAUGAGCAGCAAUAUGACCAAUUACAUUUCUGCAAAAUAAUAAAGUAUUAUGUAUUUUUGCUUCA